AUGAAUAAUAGAUUAUCAUCUUCUCAUGUUCUGUUUGGAAUACUGGUAGCAUUAUCAACACCAAUAUUAAUCAACUUUAUUAGGAACAACUACAUUCUAUCAAAUUUUCGAUUACUAUAUUAUCCCGCCCAAUAUCAUGGUAACCAUAUCUCUUCCGACUAUUUCGAGGGCUGGUACUUCAAACUAGUUAGUGAGGACAAGACUGCUUCGCUGGCUGUCAUUCCAGGAAUAUUCAAAGGAAACAUUGGAUACAAAAGUAUUCGCAAAGAAAACAGCAAAAGCGACGCUGAUAACUAUCACAAACAUAACGACUAUUCUCUCGAUGACUCUCAUGCAUUCGUUUUGUUGAUAAACAGAGGCCACGAAUGUCUUUAUUAUCGUUACGAUGUUAAUGAGUUUAAGUCUGUGAACACAAAAGAGAAGGAUGCUUUCCAAAUAACGAUCGGACAUAACCACUUUCGACACGAUGAGAUGGUCCUAUCGCUUCCAUCUUCUCACUUGUGGCAGCCAACCGAUUCAGAAUACGAAACUUUUUUAUCAUCAGUGAUGACAGAUUAUCGUCGUCUUCUUCCGGCAGAGAAUAAUACAACAGAGCUCGAGGUUGUGCGUCAUCCACAUAUUCCAUACUCAAUACGCGGAGUAAUUGCAUUCGAGAAUGUGACACCAUUAAAGUCUACCAUGACUAUUCCGUCUGUGAUGGGUAUAUUUCAAUAUAUUCCAUGGCUGGAAUGUUUUCAUCAAAUUAUUAGUCUUGAUCAUAUUGUGCAUGGAGAGAUAACAUUCAUUAACGACAAGUUUGUUGAGACGAGUAUCGAUUUGGAGAAUGGGAGAGGAUACAUUGAGAAGGACUGGGGAAUCAAUUUUCCGAAAACGUGGAUUUGGGCCCAAUCUAACAAUUUUAUAAAGGAAGCUGGUAAUUCCAUACUGGUAAGUAAGCCGGUAGGCAUCAAUAGUGGAUUAGGACAUAUUUUGCUUUUCGACUCACCUUACCAACCGAUGCUUCCUCUCCCCAUUCAGAUAUCAAUCGCCGAGGUACCGCUUGUGCAGUCAUUCUAUCACAUAGCGGGAGCUUUGAUCGUGGUCCAUCAUUCCAGUACUAAUGUCACAUACAACUUCAGUACAUACAAGCUACCUCAUCGUCAUUCGCUCAAAGUUACACUUGAUCCGACUACUCACAUUCAAAACGUUUAUCUGCAUGUGUCUGACAGAGACAACAACCAUUUAGAAGUUAACGUAUGGAGAAAAGCAGGCACCGGAGUUCCAUUACGUGCUCCUAAUAAAGAGCACAAGAAGAUGAUAUUGACUGUUGAAGAGAAUCUGGAUGCAGAGAUGACUGUCAAGAUGUGGAAUGGAAAUGAAGGUGGAGACGUCGAGGUUAUUAUGGAUGAUACAGCUGUAUCGGCUGGACUGGAGAUUGUUGGAGAUGUCGUGAAGUUGGGAAAAGAAUAUGCCGGAUGA